CAUGAGAACCGCCUCGUUUUCGCGAGAAACAAAUGGCGAAAGUAAAAUGGCCUAAGAAGUGAUCAUUUUAACCUCAAAAUCUUGGUUCUAAUGUCUCGCAGCAUUCCUUGGCGACGGAGUUGCCCGGAUAUUGUGAAAAGAAGAAUAGACAAUGCCUUAGAAGCGAGGUUUUAUAUCCUUCGAGAAAGUGGACCAACAGGCUUCCUUGUAAAACAAGAGGACGAAGAAAAAAAGUAUAAGGUUUAUCUUGGAGACCCAAAUUCAUGCACAUGUACCAGUUUCAUCAAAGAUAAGGAACUAUGCAUUCACAUUUUAUGGAUCUUGCUUCGAAAAUUCAGAUUGGGAAAAGAAAAUUCCUUGCUAUUUCAACAAGCAUUGGUGGAAAGAGAGAUCAAUGAAAUUAUUCAAGGAGUUCACAUUCACAGACGAAGCAGCACAAAAAAAGAAGAAUUGGUGCAAUUUGAAGAGAAAGGAAAGCUUCCAGCAAAAUCUAUUGAUAACGAUGAUGUCUGCCCAAUUUGCCAAGAAGAAAUAAAGAACUGCAAAGAACCUCUUACUCAUUGCAAGUAUGGAUGUGGUAACAAUAUACACAUCAAAUGCAUGAAAGUCUGGGCACAACACCGAAAAACAAAUGGAGACAAUAUAAUAAAGUGCCCACUGUGCAGGAGCGAUUUCGGCAGCUACCAGGAUAUUAUUCAAGAAUUUCACAAACUUUCCACAAGGAGCCGAAAGAACAUCGAAACAAGUGAUGCGCAUAUUGGUGCAACCUGCCAUAACUGUCGAAUUUCUCCUAUUCAAGGGAAAUGCUUCAGGUGUGUUGUAUGUCUGGACUAUCACCUAUGCCAAGAAUGCUUUUUAAAGCAAAUACACAUGCAACAUUCAUUUCAGUUCAGAAAGAACACCAACCAAAGAUGGCGCCCAGCUUCUAGGUAUCGGAAUAAGAUUUCACAAAAUGGCGAUCACAAUGACGGUGAUCAAGAUUUUCUAUUAAACCUGAAUCGGGGUGAAGAUAGAGGGGGUACCAGCAUUAUCUUUUCAGAUGUAGCACCCCUUGAGGUACUGACAACUGAUUCUCGCGAAGUUACAGAGAGGCUUCAGUGUCAAAUGUGUUGCUCGACGUUUCGAGUAUCAGAUAGUGUUCGCCAUCUUGCUUGUCGACAUACACUGCACAAAAACUGCAUCGAUGAUUGGGUGUCCAGAGGUAAUUCUCUUUGCCCCCUUGAUGGACAGCCAUUGUUUACUUCGGCUGUAUUUGAUUUGCGACCGAUGCAAGUGGCGGGAAAAUCAAGGGCAGCGGACGGCAACGGAGAACUCCAGCUGUCGAUUCAAGGAAUCAACUCUUUGAAUACGCCUUUAACCAAAAACAUUGGAGUAAUCUCAAAGCCUACUCGACGAAGAAGCAGGAACAUUUCUACAAGUGGUGCUGAUGAAUUUGUUGGCAGCGUAAAUGAACUUGCAAUUAAUGGUUUAUCAUCCAGACGAUCAAGCAACACCACUGACCAAGAAAUAGACUUAGGCCCAAAAGUUCAAACAACACCAUCCACACUGGGUGACUACAACAGCUCUACUUCAAACACCCAACUCACUACCACGAGAUAUUCACAUUUUGGUAAUGGUUUGCCUCCUGUUCACCCUAAAACAGCCCAACGAAAUCGCCCUUCGAGCAUUGGUCAAAGACGUAAUUUAAACACUGCUAAAUCAGAAUCGGCUGCAUCGAAACAAAGUAACGAAGACCUUACGCUUGGGAUUUAUGGAACAACCUCCUCUUCUAAGGAUUUGGUUAAACAAAAGAGAGCACACAGCAACCCAAUCAAAAAGAGACUGUCAGGUGGAGCUAUGGGGUCAAUUUCCUCAUCUGAACCAAAUUUAGUGGCCCUUACGGAUGUUUUUAGAGUAAGUUCAAUAUCACAUUCAAAUUAUCAAGAAAGAUAAAGAGAUAAGAAAAUAUUUGAAUAAAUUUUUCUUGUGAUGUAGUGUCUUGAUUUCAGAUUAUUUUAAAUAAAAUUUUCACCCCUUUAGUCUGAAAAUACUGGGGAUUAGAUUGUUGUAAACUUUUCUUUGAUGAAAAUAUACUGUGGUACA